UCCACCUUCGAGCUAGUAUUUGCAAGAGUCAAACAGUAUGGCCGAGAGCUAUCGGGUGGCAGCGAUACCGCCGUACACGGAGCUGGGCGAAGGACCGCACUGGGACAUUGCCCGUCAGAGUUUGUACUAUGUGAGCCUUACCGAUGCGUUGAUCUACCGGUGGGACUAUCGCGAGGGCAAAGUGUACUCGGCAUCGAUCGAUGGCAUACGGUUCGCAACGUUCAUCGUGCCGGUGAAGGGUAGGUCGGAUUGUUUCGUCAUCGGCGACACGAUUCGGUUGCUGGUGAUACGGUGGGACGGCAAAGCGUCCAAAGCGACGAUUGUGCGGGAGCUGGCGUGCCUGGGACCGGACCAUGUGGACAAUCGUUUCAACGACGGUAAGGUUGAUCCCUGGGGCCGGCUUUACGUGGGUUCGAUGCUGAACGAAUCUGCUGGCAAUCCAUUCGAGAAGGCAACCGGUGCACUGUGGCGCUACUGUGACCGUACCGGGCAGAUGGUCGAGCAGGACCGGAACAUGUACAUUUCGAACGGGUUGGCCUGGAAUCGGGCGACGAACAAGUUUUACUUUGUCGAUUCCGGUGCGAAUCACAUCAAGGAGUACGACAUCGAUCUGGAUGGCAAUUUGAUCAAUCCGAGAAUUUGGUACGAUUUCAAGCCGGACGGGGCCGAUCCGGGCUAUUUCGGCGACGGUAUGACGAUCGACAGUGAGGGCAAUCUGUAUGUGGCGUGCUUCAACGGUUACAAAGUGGUGAAAAUCUCUCCGGAGAAAAAGAUUCUGGCAGAAUAUAAAGUUCCAGCGAAACAAGUCACAUCUGCAUCGUUCGGAGGACCGAAACUGGAUGAUUUGUUUGUGACGACAGCGGCGAAGAAUUUGGUUGGACCUCAAGAGGAACCGGCCGGAGCGGUGUUUAAGAUAUCCGGAAUUGGUGCGAAGGGAUUGGCAAUGAAUGAGGUCGUGCUGAAGGUUUAAAAUUGAGACUAAAGAGUGUUGGUAUUUGUUGGAAA